AUGUCCGAGGUGCUGAAGAUAGUCAAGGCGAGCAAGCCGAUGAAACGGUUCCCGCAGCCUGUGAGCAUCCCUACCGGGUUCCUCAACACCAGAGUCCUCAGAGACAACUUCAAGCGCCAGAUGGCCGCCCAAUACGAGGUCACCACAAAGGCUCUCAAGUUCAUAGCCAGAAACGCGGCCCUGCCCCAGAAAGUGCGUAUCGAGGCCCAGGUCCAGCUGACCGCGCUGCCCAACUUCACCAGAAUGAACCAGGUCCGCGACCGGUGCGUGGAAAGCGGCACCAGCAAAAAGAUUAUCAAGCCGUUCCGGGUGAGCAGAUACCAGUUCCGGCUCAUGGCCAGAGACGGCGAGUUCCCUGGAGUUAAGAAAGGUGUGUGGUGA